UUAAGAGAAGAAAAUGAGUGGAUAUUAAGCAUUUACAAUGUGUAAUUUGACAAGAUGGUUCCAAAUUUGGAUGCCAAAAAAUCGAAAGUCCCUCCAAAUUUUCACUUCAAAUGUUUUUACAUCUUAUAAUCUACCAAUGGCCUACAACUAUAAAUACACCACAUUCAUUGCAAAUUUACAAGUGAUUAGCAUUCAAUACAAGCAUUCAAUGGACGCAGAUAAAAAAGAGUUUGUGGCUUCAAUUCACUGCCAAUUGCUUUUGCACUCUCCUUCGAUCUCAACGACUUGCCCUUGAAUGUGGUUGAUCUCGGCUCCUUGUCACAUGCAAACAGCUCACAAUCAGAAGAGGAGGCGCCAGAACCAACAGUUCAAAGGCAUACAAGUAUCAUACCCAAAUUUAGCAGUGAUGAUAGGAAAAGAUUAAUUGAAAAGUUGAUAGGUAGUUUUAGUGAAGGGAAACUUCAUAGGGGUGUCAUUAAGAACACAACAACAGAGUUCAACAUUACAGCCUGCAGUGUGCAGAGGCUAUGGAAGAAAGCAAAGGAGCAAAUGCUUGGUGGUGAACCUGUAAAUAUGCAAAGUAAUUGCAAAGGAAAUGUGGGCAGAAAACGGGUAGUCUUUGAUGCACAAAAGCUUUCAGAAAUACCAUUGCAUGAGAGAAAAAGUAUGUUUUCUCUAGGCUAUGCAAUGCAAGUUUCCAAAUCCACAUCCAUAGAUGGUUUCAAAGAAAGAAAAUUAAAAGAUAUUCAAGUGGUAUGAAGCCCUUGUUGAGUGAAGUUGGGAAACUGAAAAUGUUAGAAUACUGUUUCAGUCACAUAAUCCUAGCUUCCCUUCCUAGCGGGCCUAUUUUUCAUGAUUUCCAGAAUUACUUACACAUUGAUGAGAAGUGGUUUUACUUAUCCAAAGAAACUACAAGGUUUUACACUCUGCCAACGGAAAUUGAUCCAUACAGAUUAGUGCAGUCCAAAAAGUUCAUGCCUAAAAUCAUGUUCUUGGUUGUGGUUGGUAGGCCUAGGCUGGGACAGAAUGUGGAAGUGGAAUGAGAUGGUAAAGUAGGUAUAUUCCCCUUUCACUUAUGAAGGUGUAGCCAAAAGAUCAGGCAAAAAUAGGCUUGCUCAGACUCUAGAGAUAAAACCAAUCACAAACGUGAUGAGAGCAGUAAAUAAAGAUAUGCUAUAGAAUACUAUUGUGCCAACAAUCAAGGAGAAAUGGCUAGAUUCAGAAAACAGAAAUGUCAUGAUUCAACAAGACAAUGCAAGACCUCAUAUUCAAGUUGAUGACCUAAACUUUGUUAAGUGUGGGACAGACAAUGGUUGGAACAUCAAACUGAUAUGUCAGCCCCCAAAUAGUCCAGACUUGAAUGUCCUGGACUUGGGCUUCUUUAGGGCUAUUGAUUCAAUAAAAGAUCAAAAGGCCCCGAAGAGCAUUACACAAUUAAUUGAAGCUAUCCAAACUGCUUUCAAUGAGCUCACAACAAGCACAUUGAACAAGGUUUUUCUAAGCUAUCAGUGUGUAAUGCAAAGUGUAAUGCAAAACAAUAGAGGCAACAAUUUCAAGUUGCAGCAUAUAGGAAAGAACUCUCCAGAAAGGCAAGGGUUGUUAGCACAAAAUAUCGAGAUCAGUGCAUAGUUAUAUGAAUCAGCUAGGGCAUUUCUGAAUUAUCAAAUGGAAACUACCAACAAUGCAGACCAACUGAAGAGCAGUUCAUAAUUGAAGAGUAGAUAAUUCUUCACAUAUGAACUGCUACAAAUGUAGAUGUGUUUAAUUUGCAAUCACAUUUUUUUGUUUUUUAGUGUUUGUAAACACAUUUAGUGUGUUACACUUUUUUUGGUAUGUACAUGUACACACCUAGAGUACACAUUAUAAAUGUACUGGCAUGUACGAGGACAACUUCUUUGUAAGCCCAGAUGCAUUAAGUCAUGAUAAAAGUUUUUCAAAUACAAUGCACACACACAGAUCCACCAACUCAAAUGCAAUGCUAAUCGAGCCUCUUACAGUUUUGAAACUGGGUUGCUACAAUUACAGUUGCAAACAUAUGCAACAUAUUCAUACAUCCUAGUUGAACUCAAACCCCAAAUCAUCAUAAGUUUCAACCAACACUCAAACUCUAGACCCCAAAUCAGCCAACUGUAACUCAUUCCCCAAACUUCAUGCUUCAAUUGUAACUCAAGCCCAAUUCAUCAUACACAUUAUAAAAUUAAAGACAGAGAUAAAAGUAGAGGGUACUACCCUUAAAAGUGUCAUGGCCAACCAUGGCCAGUGCAUGCUCCCUUGUUCUCUCCGCCACUGCAAAGAAGACCUCAUCACCAUCCUCCACGCCUUCCAGCCCAUCAAAAGUGCCAGGCAACACCUUGUCUCCAUGGAUCUUCCUCUAGGCCGAACCUGGAUUGGUUUCAAACUCACUGGAAUAACCGAAGUGAAUACAUAGGGGCAUACGAUUGGGCUCCGAUGCAUGUGACUUCGGAGGUGAGACCCGAUAAGAAACCAGAUUACAAAUCGAAUAUGUUUGCUCCUGGACAUCUGGGUCGAUGUUACAUGCGGUUGGGUGAGAAGAUCUGAGUUCUUAAUAGGACGGAUAUGUGGAGGAUUAGGUUUCCUUUCAAUGUACAGGUCAGGGCUCGGAGUUGAGCGAUUGCGAUGGAGAUAUCAGGAAGGUAGGGGUAACGACGGAGGACAAAUAGGGGGCAGCGGAGGAGAAGAAGUAGGGGCUAGCAGCGGCGGAGAUGAGGUAAAGUGAGAAGGAGCAGUGGAGGAGAUGAAUCACAGGAUCGGUAGGGGAGGGAAGGAGAUAAUGUAGAGUGAGAAGGAGAAAAAUGUAGAAGGUAUUAAUGGCAUAGGAAAGCCAACCGACG